UCUGACAGCACUGCGAGACAGCUGUCAAUUGGUUUUCUUUCAUCGAAUAAAAUCGUCUCCCAUUGAAUUAAUUAUUUUUUUGUUAAUCAUAAGCAAACCAUCAGUCCGAUCCAUAGUGAAAAUGGAUACAAUAGGAACAGAAGUGGGCCAGAAGAUGAGGAGUGCCGUUAAGGCAAAACUGAUCGAAUUGGGAACGGGAUACAUAGACGACGAAUUGCCUGACUACGUCAUGAUUAUGGUCGCAAAUAAACGAUCCAAACAACAGAUGACGGAAGAUUUAAAUUUGUUUUUAGGAUCAAACACUGAUCCGUUUGUCGGCUGGCUGCAUCAAGUGUUACAAAAGUUACAGGAAGUUACACUUCCGCCAACCACAACAACGGCAACAACAUCGUCAUCCGCAAAACGGAAGGCGUCCACCUCUGAAUCCACUGACAAGAAAAAGAAGGACAAGAAAUUGAAGCGAUCUCACAAAACUAAAUCACAAGACAGCACUGAUCCACAACAGAAGCCAGCCACACCACCACCGCCAUCCAUCACCGAUGUUUUUGCCGACCAUUUGAUUCAAAAGGCCAAAACCGGUCUCAUGCUAGAGAAUGCCGUUAACGUCAAAACCAAAUCGGAGCAUUUGGCCAAAGAAUCGAAUGACAAAAAAUCGUCCGAUGACUUUGACAUACCGACGAUAACCGAAAUCGCCGAGAACGAGGUGGUCAAAGUCAAUCGUCGCAAAGAAUUGAAUGAUCUGGCCGAAUUGCAAAAGCAAAUCAACAAAGCGAAACGGCAUCUGCGAACGUUGAAUUCGGAGGAAUCGGAAGACGAGGAUUUCGUUAAAAUCGAGGACGAUGAUGAUUUGGGCGAAGACGAUGACGAUUUUAGCGGCAAGAAACGCUAUCCGAACUCAGGUCAAACAAGUGCGAUGAAGGUGGGCGACAAAAUAGCGCACAGUCGAUCGCAGAGAGUUCAAAUCGUUUUCAAUGAAAGUCAAUCGGAAAAUUCGGACACGGCAGCAAAGGCGAAAAAAUCGGUUAUGGAAAGACUGGGCGUUAAGCCGUCUGCAUCUGCGAAUAGGGAAAAUGUGAUCAGUUUGUCGGCGAAUCGACGUGUCGAGCAAGAAAUGUAUGUGCCGGUGUUUCGGAGGAACGAUGAAGACAAACGAUCAAAACUUAGUCAGAACGAUCGCGGUGCGAUAAGAUCUCGAGACCGUGAUGGUCCAGCGGAACCAGUGAAUCGUGCCGCUUCGUCUCACAAUCGUGAACAAAUCAGAGAGCUGCGAUCACGAGAAUUGUCGCGGGGCUUAGUGGAUCGUGAGAAAAAUCGCGAAAUCGUCAGAGAUCUGAGAGAGCGUGUCGGGAAGAGUAAAAUCGUUGAAGAGAACACGGUAAAAGAGUCGGCGGUAAAACUAACGGCCAAACAACGAAUCGGAUCUCGUGUCAUUGUCGCACCACCGAAGCCAGAGUACGAGGAUGCCGUUGUCGAAGUUCCUGUUAACUCGGUGAUUCGAGUGAAGCCACGACCAAUAGUCCCAUCAAACAAACAAGCGAGUAAGAAUUUACUGCUGAAAGCGGUCGCCGAAGCCCAGAAAUCGACGGCUAUGGUGAAGCCUAGACCGGAAUCACCAUCCGUACAAAAUGUGAAUGCUGGCGCAGGUCGUGCACAAAAGUUAUUUACGAAGUCGUUUCGGGACAACAACAGCCGCAUCGGAAAAGGCAAGAAAAAUAUUGUCAUCGAGGUUACACGGACAGAGGAUCAAACACCUGACGAAGACGACGAAGACGAUGAUGUUGCCGAGUAUGUUGAAGAAGGCGAUGACGAGUACGUUACGGCUAUGAUAUCCGAUGUUGAAGAAUUCGAAGAGGAGGACGCUUACACACCAGUCAAUAUUAACAGUGACGAGGAAAUUAAACGGUACACAUACAAGCCGACAACCGACGAUCAAACUAAAUUUGUGGUGACAUUGAAUGCGGACAAGUAUAUACCGACCAGCAAAGCCAAGACGAUCGAUAGAAAACGAACCGAAGUCAAUGGUGCCGUCGCUCAAUCCGAAAAGUUAGUAAAACGAUCCGUGGACGGGGUGAUUCAGAAAGAGAAAGAAAGGACGUCGUCACCGAUGCGCGUAGACAUUGCAGCGCAGAAAGUAAAUAAAUUAAUCAUAAAAAAUGACACAGAGGACGAAGAGGAACUGCGCAGGGAAGUCGAACGGAGUAGUGUUAGCAGAAAACGAAGUCGUCUGUCGCCGAUCCGAUUCGAUUUGAAUGACGAAAAGCGGAGUAAAAUGCGAGACGAUCAAAAUACGGACGACGAUAACAUUGGGUCUGGUGAAGACGGUCAGAAAUUGACGAUUAAACGGUCGGAAGUUAGCAAAAAAUAUGACAAUCUGCCGCCACUUCUCAACUCAGUUAGCCUCACCGACAAAACGAAAACGAAGGAACGUUGCAAAUUUUAUCCAUCUUGCGGCAAGGGCGAACAAUGCGAAUUCGUGCAUCCGACCAGCCCGUGCAAAAUAUUUCCCAACUGCAAAUUCGGCGACAAAUGUCUGUAUAUUCAUCCGAAAUGCAAAUUCGAUUUAACCUGCACGCGAUUGGGAUGCAAUUUCUCUCACACAGCUGUUGUCACUGCAGCGCCUCCGCUAUCAUCGCAUGUCGUUCCGGUCAUGAACUACAAAUCCAUUGGUACCGCUGUCAACUCGUCGGUAAAAUGUAAAUUUUAUCCGAAAUGCAGCAAUACGUCGUGCCAGUUCUAUCAUCCGAAACCGUGUCACUUUGGUAAAAAUUGUGCCAACAAAGCGGAAUGCAAUUUUUACCAUUUCGAUGCACCGACACAUGCCAACAAAUUGAAAUGGGUGGCGCCGAUGGAUUUUUGAAGGGUCUUAGUCGUCGAUUGGAAGCGGGAGAGAAUGGAGCAAAAAAUUAAGAAAUUUAGUGGAAAAAAUUAAACUUUGAAUGGUCGAAGACAAGCUCAUGUUGCGAUGCAAUAUUAAUCGCAUUUUGAAGCCUUUGACGGUAGGUUUGCUGUAGUUUGCGAUGGGGGAAUGUUGAGCAAUAUAAUUAGCCAAUAUCAAACGGUCGGGUGGACUGUUUCUCCAAUAUUUUUUUGCAUUGUAAAUAAUUGAAUUUAUUCAGAAAUUCCUAAACCGAAUUGAAGGAAUAAAAUUUGAAUUGUUAAAAUUCACUGCUCGCUAUAAGAAUGUUAUUACCAGAACAUGUUUACAGUUUGCUCUAAAUGCUCCCGAAAAUUUGUCUACUGUACACAUCAUGACUGUAAGAACCAUCAAAAGUUUUAAAAUUUUGGCCAUUUUGUUCUACGUUCAUCCUCCGCUUGUACUGAAAUUACGAAUUGGAUGAUACCGGAUCCGAUUCUUCGACGUAAAUUAAUUUCGGUUGCUAAGCAAUGUAUAUAAUAGUCUGAGUGAUGCUAUCCAAUUGCUAAGACAAAUUUCUCUUCAACUAAGCCAUCUCGGAACUCCGUGUUGUUUCUGCUUUUAUAAAAUAUCCGCGUCGGUCAUGACGAUGGCAAGUUUGAAGAAAAUGAUAAAUUUAAUUUGAAAAUAAAAAAUAACUUUUGCGUUGUUAGUGUGGGAGUGAGGGUAAAGGAUCGUUUUACAGCUUUAUCAAUCAGCACGGUUUAAUUAAUAAUU